ACUGACUGCUUCUUCUCAGUCGUUCACGAGCUUCUCCACUAUCUGUUCGUUUAUACAAAAAGAUUGCAUUUAAAAUAACCUGAUUGUGAUAUAACGUUAAAUUGUGUUGAGUUUUAAAUAUUUUAGAUGGAAUCUAAUAGGACGUUGUAACAGCAACAUCCGUGCCACGUAGCUUGACGAGCUAAAAUCUAAGUGGAAGGGUUUCGAUUGCAUUAUGGUCCACUUCGCUGGGUUUUAGAUCCCAGUCGGCUUUGAGAUUGCGUUAGAUAAGUAGAUAUAUUGUGAACAACGAUUGCUCAAUCACCAUGGGAUUACAAUUCGAAACGGAUGGUACACCGUACGUUAUGUGUGGUGAUGAAAAGGUCAAGUUGGAAAAAUUUCCCAUCACAGAGGAUUUCUAUGUCGAAAAAGCUAGAAGUGAAUUACGUGAAACGGAGGAAAACAUUGUACAGGCCCUGAAAGAAUUAAGGGAACUGUUGCAACAGGAAUCAAAUCUUCUGGUACCUAUCGACAACGAUGAGUUUCUAAUGAAAUUUCUGCGUCCAUCAAAAUUAUAUGCGGAGAGCGCAUUUAAACGGAUACAAGCAUAUUACAAGUUCAGACUCUCUCACAAGGACUACUGCUGUGAUUUGUAUCCGAGUAAAGUGCGCUCGGCCUUCGACCAUUCCAUAGUGUCCAUCCUUUCGCCUCGAGACCAACAUGGCCGCCGCAUCAUAUAUGUGGAAUCUGGCGAACGUUGGAAUCCUCGUGAGGUACCUUUAAAGGAAGUUUUUCGAGGCAUACAGCUGGGUCUGGAGGGAGCGAUGGUUGAACCACGUACGCAAGUCUGUGGUGUGGCGGUCGUGCUAAACAUGAAGGGCUUGUCGUUUUCACAGAUAAUGCAAUUCACACCCUCAUUCGCCAAAAUGGUUGUUGAUUGGAUUCAGGAUUGCAUUCCGAUUCGCCUAAAAGGAGUACACGUGAUAAAUCAGCCAUAUAUAUUCAGUAUGUUGUUCGCUAUAUUCAAACCGUUUCUACGCGAAAAGUUAAGAUCUAGAAUAUUCUUCCACGGCUCCGAUAAAGAGUCUUUAUUGAAACAUAUACAACCUGGUUCCUUGAUGAGAAGGGUUGGUGGGGACUUACCUGAUGAUGACAUAACUGGAGAAGUUUUGUGGAAGAUGCUCAAUCAUUACGAAGAUGAAUUCAGACACGCAAAUUCCUAUGGUUACGUCACUAAUAACAACGAAAUCAAGAAAUAAAUAUACACAACUCUUUAGAUUAAUGUUCUUAUCGGAUGUAUGGGAGCACGAAUAAAACCGGUUUAAAUAUAGAAAUAAAAAUAUAUAUAUUUUUUUUGUACAAAUUAAUUUACAAUUGAAUAUAAUAUGACAAACAAAAAAAAUCUGUGAUAAAUUUGUUCUUUUUAUAGAAACGUGGUUUAUGCACAUUAAUAUAGUGAGGGUUCUGCUUAAGUAUAAAAGGGAGGGUCAUCAAAAUAAUGUGGACCACAUUUGCUUGUGGUUUUUAUUAAGGCAUGGGCCAUCGAAUUGAAAUAAUCCUUCCAAUGAUGGUCCUAAUCGAUCUCCGUUAGCAACUUUUUCUGUGCAGCCGCUCGUUUAAGCUGUAAUUCUUCAGAUUUUUUCCUAUCAUUACAGGAAAUUAAAAUGAACCUUGUAAUACAAUACCAGGCGUAUUGUUAUGUAACUUUAAUAAAUUCAUUAAAAAACUCA